CAAAAAAAAAAUUUAGAAAUGUCUUCGGCAGCCAUUGUUGUUGUUGUUGUUAACAUUCGGUGCCCUCUCUCGGCGAUUAGUCGUUUCAAGACGUGAUAACGGGGGCCCACAAACCAUAAUCCGUAAUCAACGCAGCGUUUCGGCCGCUGCUACGACGGUGCGAGAGUACGAUGAUGGCAGUAGUGCCUUAACCCGCGCGGAACCGUGUGUGUUGCGAACGCGAUGCAACGCGAACAUCGAAACCCGUAAACCGUAAGUAGUGCCGCCGAAAAGGGCCCCCCACGGCCACCGCCGAAGUGUUAACCUUACACGCACCUAAGUAGUGCUUUGUUGAGCCCCCUUUUUCAACGAACGCGACCAUGUGUAGUGUACCGCCAAAGUUCCAUCAGGUGUGCCGUCUUUGUUUAUCCUGUGAUAGGGAUUGUGCGAGCGUCUUCGCCGAGGAGAACACCGAAAGGAGGAUACGCGACAAGAUCGUGACGUGUUUGUCUAUUACGAUCAAAGACGACGAUCAACUUCCUCGUGUGAUAUGUCAGCGAUGUACGGACCAAGUGGAUGUUCUUUACGAGUUCAGGGAAACCGCCCGGAAGUCGGAGGAGAUGUUACAGGAGUACUUAGUGCACACGAAAAGACUGCAAGGGACGCCUCAGGAACAAUUAAAAAAGUCUAUCACCAUGCUCGAAUCAAUUCUCGCCUUAAAAACGACAAGUUUAAAACAAGAACCGGAAAUAACAAUCGAACCAAUCGAAAUUAUUCAACAAACGUCCCAAUUAAUACCAGAAUUAACUCAAUCAAUCCAACAACAGUACUUAGUAAUAGAUGGAACUUUAGAUCUAAGCCAAUCGGCCGAUCGUUUUGGUGGAAGUAGAGAAGGUUCGGUUACGCCGCCGUUAGAACCAGCCGAUUUAUCAAAUAAAAAACCUGAGAAUGUCACCUGCGUUCCAGAAAUAGAUUUUAUUAAAGAAGAAGUAAACGAUGCCGCAUCCGAUUACAGUAAUAGCUCGGAUCCGGAACGAUUAGAAGUGGAUAUGUCUCAAGCGGUUGAGGAACAAUCAAACUCGGCCACGGAAAGUGCCCCAUCACCCACUCCUGACGGAGGCGGCGGGGGCACUCACGAAGAUCGAGAACUUUGGCACGCUUUAACAAGAAACGGCCAUCCAAACACCGUCGCUUUAUCCGGCGAGGCGAGCCAAUUACUAAGGAAAUUGAUUACUUGCAAGAAAUUAGGCAUGAGUAUCACACCAGCUCCUCUUUCAAUUACUCCAAGUUCGCCGAAAAAACCUUUACACAACAAAAAUAGUAGUAACGAUAUGGAAACAUCUUUAGAAGGGUCCAUUAUUAAUUAUAAAAGCACGGCAGGGGGGAGGCGAAAACAGAGUUUUCCAACGAAAACAACCACGAAAGAAGAACCAGUCGAUAGGGAUGAUAGUCCGUGCAUGGAAGUUGAAUCGGAGGAGUAUAUGCCUGAUUUUACAGGAAAUAGUCCUUGGUGCAAUAUACAAAUGUGUAAAAAUAAUAAGGGAAAUAGUAGUUUGGCAAGACGCAUGGAUUUAUCAUGUACAAAUUGCGGUACGCGAACGACAACGAUUUGGCGACGAAAUCUAAAAGGUGAAAUGGUUUGCAACGCUUGCGGUUUAUACUUUAAAUUGCACGGGGUGGAUAGGCCGCAUACGAUGCGACGAGACACGAUUCAUACGAGGCGUAGGAGACCGAAAAUUGAUCGGAGAGCGGAAGGGGAACGACAAAGAGCAGCGAUUGCGCCAAAAAAAGACGCCGAAGACCUCCUAAGCGCUCUUCGCAAACAAUUACAACCCCACCUGGUUAUGGCACUUCAAGGACACAAGAAUCUCAAUUACCCGAAUAUGCAAGUAACUAGCGACAAUAUUUAUAACUCUUCGAGUUAUAAACCGAUUGAAACUGUUAAAUCUCCGUCGGAAUCUGUACCAGACGAGCCGGACGAAGAAGAUCAUUAUCGAGAUUUGCCCUUAAAUUUAGUGGCAACUCAAAUGGCGGAAACGGAAACUAAUUAAAUAAAUUUGCAACAAAUAAUGUACUUAGAAUGAGGAUGAGUCUCUUAUUUAAAAGGAAAAGAAUACUCUUUAUUUAACUCUAAACUUGUAACAAAUCGUUAGUGCCUAAACAAUAAUUAAUUAACACUUCCUCGGUA